ACGCCGGGAAGGCCAGGCUCCGGGCCCGUCGCCUGGGGUGGCCGUUGGUAGGUAACCUCUGUCUUUCCCUCCACGCCCACGGCUUCUGAUGGACAACAGGCUCGCACCUGCACUGGGAGGGUGGAUUCGGUUUCCCAGCUGCGGAUGCCCCCUUUUCAAUUAUUAAAGGGAAAAAACAUGAAGAAAAAACAUGAUACCAUUGUUUGUGAACCUAAAGAACUUCUGAAUGCCUCUCCCAAAGUAACAAAUCGUUGCAAAUCCCUGUGGGUGAAAUACAGUUUUCAGGAGUACAUGAGACUUGUCAGCUCCCAGCCAGUUUCAGCCAUGUCAAGGAACCCAGGUCACUAUCUGCCUUUUCAGCCCAAGGAGAGUAGCAGUGGCCAGAACCAUCACCAGGAGGAGAUAAUCCACAAGUUGGCCAUGCAGUUGAGAAACAUCGGGGACAGCAUUGAUUGUGGGAUGGUUCAAGAGGACAGUGAACGAAGGAACACAGAUCUACACUUUGAAAAGUCAACACAAAUGUGCAAAUCCAAGUUCUCACAGGAGCUAAAGGUUCAGGACCAGGAUGACAGAAAGGGGAGGCUUAUAGCAAGGAACCAAAGGAACACAUCAUGUGCAUGGGAGCUGACCCACUUCUCUACCUGUUGGGAGCAAGCCAUACCUGACCGGAGGGAGUCCCACCUGCACCUGGUCCGUCUGCUUGCUGCCCUUGAGCAGAGCGGAGGAUGGGCUGAGCUGGCUGUGGGUGGCUGUGGUGGGGAGAUAGCCAGCUGGCCACAGAUGCUACCUGCCAAGCACAUAUAGGCCCAUUUCCUGGUCCUGAGCUAAGAUGAAACAAUCAUUGUGUUUAGUGACCUAUUUCGGGAGACAGGUCCUAUGCUCAGUGCUUUGGUGACUAUAUCUUCUCCUAUUGUAUUCUUUAAAAACAACUCAGGCAGGUAAGAUUGACAUACAAGAAGCUGUCCUAUAGUUAAUGUAUGUAACUGCCCUGACCCUAACCCUAAUACCUAGUUAAGAGAUACUCGAUUUAGGAUACUGCUCAUUAAUUAGAGGAUGGUUUUCAGGAGGUAAGGAAUUCAAGGACCAACCUUCUUCGGUCUUACUCUCCCUUGAAUCCGGUAAAUCCAAACACAUUCGACCACGUGCUAUCUGGAGAGUGGCCACACGGGGGCAACAGUGCCCCAAACCCCACUGCAAAGCCAAUUCUUCCUUCAUCCUGUCAAACCUUGUUCAUUCAGUGUUUACAGAUCAUGGUAGAGAUGAUGAAAAGUGUGACUUUGUUGAAUUUUUAAAAAACUGAAAGAAUUCUUUCACCCUGUUAAGAAUAGAACUUCGAGAGCACAUUAAGGCCCAGGGGCCUGGGAAAGGGCUACUACUAUGGAAUCUAUUCAGGUCUACUUAGGAAACAAGGAUGGCUUCUAGUCCACUUCUCUGCAGGAAGAAUUUGUGUCAACUAACAGCCCUGAAUCCACACAAAAUACUGCCCCUCAGAGGAAAACAAAGGAGAAUCAACAGCCUCCGGAAGCAGAGAAAGAACCACCCAGGAACAAAGAGACCACAGUGACUGACUCAGGCCAAUUUGCAUUUCUGUAGGGUUGUGGGUCAGGCAGAGUGCACAUCUUGAUGCUACCCUUUGGAACCUGUGAAAGCCUCCUGGCCCGUUCCUCCACGAGACACCCCCUACCCCUUUACAACUCCAUCCUGCUUCUUGGAACUCCCCUUCCCCUUUUUGAUGCCAUCGUUCACUUUGCCCAUCACUGUCAUUAUAUAGAGUACAUUGAACUACUUACUAUUCUGUCAUUUAAAUGGUUUUUUUUUUUUUUUUUAUUGUCUGGUGGGAAUUGAUACCUUGCAUCAUCUACCCUAAUGUAGAAUCCCUUGCCGCAUUGCAUGACUUCACUGUGGACUUGGAAUGCCCUCACAGUAUCGUGGGGCUAGUGUCCUGGGCAAGGUCCUCACUAAGCUGGCUCAGCAGUUGCAGUGAAGGCCGGACCCAGGCACUGCUAUUUGUGUGCAGGUAAGGCAGAACAGCCAAAACCUUGGUUUGGGUUCAGAAUUGCUCAUGGCCCCUCAGCCACAUCAGAUGGCUUGGGGGCACACCCUGAAGACACUGGCUAGUCCAGUGUUGCCCUGGGGAAUCUCCAUGGAACAGCCUUUGUGUCCAAUGGGGGGACUCCAUAGGAGCAGGGGCGAUGGGAUUCAGAACUCCUGAGAUAGAAUCCAUUGUGGAGACUGCCCAGAACUUAAAAACAUUUAAAAAUAGAACUACCCUACAACCCAGCAUUCGCACACCUUGGUAUUUACCCCAAAGAUACAGAUUGAGUGAAAAGUAGUGGCACCUGCCCCGCCCCCUAUGUUCAUUGCAGCAUUAUCCACUCUAGCCAAACUAUGGAAAGAGCCCAGGAGUUCAUGGACAGAUGAAUGGAUAAAGAAGAUGUGGUUCAUAUCAACAACAGAAUAUUAUUCAGACAUCAGAGAGGAUGAAGACUUACCAUCACAUCCACCUGGCUGGAACUGGAGGGUAUUAUACUCAGUGAAAUUAGUCUAUCAGAGAAAGACAAUUGGGACAUGGGUUCACUCAUAUGUGAACAGGAGAAACACCACAGAGAAUCAGAGGUUUAGGGAGAGAAAACUGAAUGGGAAGUCAUCAGAGAGGGAGGAAAACCACGAGAGACUCUUCAUUACAGAAACAAA